AUGCACCGCUGCCCGCCGCGGCCGGUGGAGGCGCCUGAUUUCAAGGCUUCCUCCGGUCCUUAUAAAUACCAUACAGAGGUAGUCUUAGACUCAGAAAAAAAAGGAUUUAAUUCUCAAUCAAAGAGAUUUCAGUGUAACCGGAAUGAAACCCCAGGCCCAGGAUUCUAUAAUGUCACUCAUCAGUCUGCAGAGAGCAACAGCAUCUCGUUGUCUCAGAAAGGAACUGGAUAUUUUCCUUCUCUGGUUGCACGCAUUGCAUGCAGCAAAACUGCCAACUAUCCAGCUGCAAAUGCCUACAGGAUCCCAUCAUGUUUUCAAUCCAAGCGAGACUUUAGCACAGGAAACUCUAGCAUGUUUCAACAACCCAUUGCAAGGAAGAUUGAGAAAAUCCCCACACCAGCACCUGGUCAAUACGAUACUUCUAGGGAUUUCUGCAAGCGAAGCAACAAUGUUUCUGCUCAUGCCGUGUUUGUGUCCAAAACCACAAGAGGAUUAAAUUUGGAAAAAAAGGGAAAAUGGCCUUCUCCAUGUCACUACAACAUCAGUGAUUCCCCCAUCAAGGCGUCUCCUAAGAGUAUAACAUCUUGCUUCAAAUCAAAGACCUCCCAUCAAACAAACACGGACAGAUUCAUUACAGAGUAUGCAACCUAUCAGCCACGUAAAACUGUAAAGGAAACAAAGAAAACUCCUUCCAGGCGGAAAUUCUGCUUGACUCUCUCUGCCCCAGCCAUCCCACCCUGCAAGGAGCCUCCUCUACCUGGGCCUGGCCAGUAUGACCUUGUGGCUUACAAAGGGUCUCCAAAGCAGAACCGGCCCAGCGCUGCAUUUGUGUCCAACGCAAGGCGAUGGACAGGGGGAGCAUCCCUGGAAGGUUACCCUGGGCCAGGUGCUUAUUCACCCAGAGCACUCGAGAGGGAUUCCUUCAUCUACAAUUACGACAGCAAGUGGGUCCCAGUGCUGUGA